AUGAUAUCGAUUUGCUCUAACUGGUUACUGCAGGCGUUGGUAUUUAAAGAGGAAACAAACCUCGGUAUCUGCUUGCAUAAUGAAGCCUAUCUCGGUGAUACCGACGCUAGCAUAGAUGCCGGUUACGAUCGCUUGCUUGAUCUUCAGCGUACAAACGUGCAGCCACCGAUACUCAACGUCAACGAGUUGGACCGGACGGAUGGUGCGCUGUGGACAUCUCGAUAUAGGAGCAGAUAUGCAUUCGUUGGAGAGGGUUUUGUAGACGUGACCAUAUGUGCACGGGAAUCUACGUGUCAGUCAUCUAACCCUUCCGAUCACCAUCUGAAAGACCUACGCGGUUGA